AUGACACGAUUCUUUCGCAUUCCCGUGGAGAUUCUCUAUUCCAUAAUUGGUCUCCUGAGCCCAUCUGAUCUUUCGUGCUUAUCUCGGACGUGCAAACAAAUCCACCAACUAGCCACCCCGCGUCUUUGGAGAAGCUACCGCAAAUACAACCAGCAACCUUACAACCCAUUCCUGCGGACUAUACUCAUCAACCCAGGCCUAGCCAACCACAUUGAAGAACUUCGCGUGGCGGAUGUAACCCAAGAUGACCCUCGCGAAAUCUCAGAGGAAGAUAUCCAAUUGUUCCAAUCAGCAGUCUCAAAGCUCCCACUUCCUGCCGAAUUCAAAGAUCGCCUGAAAGCAGGGAUCAGAGAAGGAUACAGCGAUCCUAUGCUUGCUGUUAUACUCUGCAAACUACCCAAUUUGAAGAAUCUGUUCCUAGACCGGCCUGAGAGCUGCGAGUUGAUAUGUGAGCUGCUUGACCACGCCGAUUCGUGCGAAUUUUCCAGCCUUGAAAACAUCCGACGAUUCUCCAUAGAAACUGAAGACUAUGCGUUUCCCGUGGGACCUUGUCAUGAGUAUGGGGGCGUUCUUAACAUGACACACGAGGUGCAAAUCGUGCACCUAAACGAUGAUAGUAUGAGUCCAUCUCGACUCCGAGAUGGCUCAUCUGCAGUUGAGCAUCUUCACAUACUCGAGAGCGGUAUGGGAAUGGAUGCCAUGCGGGUGUUUACGCAGGGCUGCAGAACGCUCCGUACGUUCAACUAUACCUUUGGGAAAGUCCGUGAUCUUGAGGAACAUUUCAGGCCGCAGGAGGCUGUGAAAGAGCUUCAGCGCCAUAUAGACACGCUUGAGGAGCUCACGAUGCUGUACAACGAUGACCAUGUGAAGCUGCCUUUGUACGAUUUGACGGCUCGCGAAUGGUACAUGGGGACAGAGCUGCGGCAAUUUACCAAGUUGAAGAAGCUUCGAAGUGGUAUGCACAGUCUGCUUGGGCUACUGCAUCCACAGUCAGACGCGAUGGAGGCGUAUCCCACAAAUCCUCAGGCUGACAAAGAAAGACCAGAGCUGGUGGACGUGCUUCCGACGUCAAUAGAGCACUUGACUAUCUUGUACGCUGAUGCACGGAUUAUUCCUCACUUACAAAAGGUUGGGGAUGUCCGCGAGAAACAAUUUCCCAAUCUGGAAAAGGUUAUUGUCGGAUUUUGCUCCGAGUCAACGGAGAAGGACGUUCAAUUGGAAAUUCCAGGGCUGGAGUUGGCAGUGCUAUAUCAGACUCAGGAGGAAAGAGAGGCCUAUGUAAAUGGCCGAGAGCGCUAUUCGUGGGUUGGGUCUCCGGUCUUCAGGGACUGA